CUGGAGGCCCGCUCGGCCGGGCUGGCCGCGGCGGGCUGGCUCUGCGCAGGCGCCGUGCGGCUCCGCCCCCCGAGUAGGGACCUACAAGCCGCGACCGGCGGCGACCAGCGGCGGUGGCAGCGGCGGCGGAGGCAGCAGCUCUGGCCCGCAGCGUAGACGCCCCCGAUCCAGGACCCCACCCGCAGGGAGCCAGCCUGCACAUCUGGGAAACAAAGCCCGUCUCAGUGUCCGAAAGUGACCUGAGUGCACCUGUCACCCACAGCCAGAGUGCCACCACGGACAGUCCUCAGUGCCCGCACAGGUGUGCCUUGUAGGACCUUUGUGGGCCCUGUCCUGCCCACGGUGCCUUUCCUAGUGCCCCCCCAAGCAUCCUUGAGCUGGAGCUGUCACCCUCGCGUGGGGCUACCACACGUGUUCCCAGACAUGAGGUCUGGAAAGCCGCCACCCCAGGCGCAGGCCAUGUGAGGCCUCCUGGACUCCCCAUGGACUCUCGGGCGAUGCAGAUCAAAAAGAUGAAGGACCUGGGGCAGCAGCUGUACCCGGCACACGCCAGCGAUGGACGAGGCCCUGCCACCAUGUCGCCCAAGUCCCUAGGCGCCCACCGCACAGCCCGCGCCCUGAGGCCUGAGCCCCCCGGGCUCGUGUACCCAGGCUCGGAGGCCGAGGCCACCCUCACCACCCUGGCCACCUGCGCCAAGUGCAAGGGCGUGCAGGAAAUCCCCAUCCAGGAGUUGAAGAAGACCCAGAGGGCAGACAAGUACAUCUGCUUCCAGUGCACCCUGAGCAUGGCGCCCCCACCUUUCCCCUUCGGCAGCGGCAGCCCCAGCGGCCUCCGAGGGAAGGCGGCAGAGCUGGGCCCCGGUGCGGGCAGCAACAAGUUCAAGGUGCGGAACUUCAAGCCGGGCAAGUACUACUGUGACAAGUGCCGGUUCUCCACCAAGGACCCGCUGCAGUACAAGAAGCACAUCACACAGCACGACGAGAUCCGCUUCAUCUGCUCCCACUGCAGCUACGUCUCCUACACGAAGGGCGAGUUCCAGCGGCACCUGGUCAAGCACACGGGCAUCUUCCCCUACCAGUGUGAGUACUGCGACUACGGCGCCGUCCGCAACGACUAUAUCGUCAAACACCGGAAGCGCGUCCACGAGCGGGCGGGCGGCCGACGUCCGCCCGGGCCCCCCGCCAAGCUGGAGGCCAAGCGAGCAGGCGCGGCCAAGCCCUACCCGGAGCUGGGCAAGACCCCGGGCCUGAGGAGGGAGGCACUGUCUGGCCGGCUGUCUGACCCGCUCUCCAAGUACCCCGCCCAUGCCAGGAAGGACAAGGCACAUGGGGUCCCGUGGUUGCCAGACCCUAAGGACUUCCAGAAGGACGUGGUGUGUAUCCCCAAGAGGCUGAGCCCGGCUGAGCCCAGCGAGAUGCCCCUGUUCGAGAACAAGAGCGUGGAGGUGGAGGUGCUGUCGCCCACCCGCGAGCCCCUGCAGCCCGGCAUGCCCCUGACCGUGGUGGCGCCCUCCGAGCUCGUGGUCCCUGCCAACUGCCUGGCCCAGCUCAUGGACGUGAAGGUGGUCAACGGGACCCAGCAGGUGCUCCUGAAACUCUUCCCUCUGGAGGAGAACAGUGGCCUGGAGGCCAGGCCCUGCGAUGGCGUGGCCAGCGAGCAGGGCGCCAAGGACAGGGGCCCCGGGGAGCCCGGGCAGGGGGGCUCUGUGGAGCCGACCAGAGCCCCGGCAGGAGACGGCCGUGUGGAACGGCUGGCGGCUGGCAUGAGGCACCUCCCUGCAGCCCUGCAGAAGCUCCGGAGCAUGAAGUGGCUGCGCUCCUACGACCUCCUCAUGUCCCACCCCGGCGCUCACGGCCCAAGCGAGCCCCCCGCGGCCACUGAGGAUCUGCAGGAGAGAGGUGCCCUGUGCCCCUACCAAGCCUCCCUUCCCUCGCUGGCCUUCAAAGGCCCCUUCCCCCCGGCCUCCAUGGUGAAAAACAGUGUUUUCUGUGGGCUAGGCGCAGGCCCCGGCCCUUUCCCGUAUAAAGCUGCUGCUGCUGCCGCCUUGGCUGAGGAGAGGCCGCCCCUGGCACGUGACUCCAAGCGACUGUUGCCUCUGAGCGCACCUCCCCUGGCCUUGCCCUUCUCUGGCGAGCAGUGCUUGUUGCCCCGAGGUAAGGGUGACCCGGAGUGCAGAAGAAAGCUCAGUGCCCCCGGAAAGGGCACGCCUUCGGGCCGGAAGCUCCAGGACAGCCCCCCCGAGCCCAGCAGCGUGGGCCCGGCUCCUGCUCAGUCCCAGAGUGAGUGUCUACAGAUCAGCCAGGCGGAAGAAGGGACAGCUGCGCCCCAGCAGCCUGGGGAUGGGCCCUUGGAGCUGACCACAGCGGAGAGGACGCCUGAGAGUUUCGAGGGCCCAGUCAUCUCGUCGGUCUUUUCUCUGAGCUCGGGAUCCGAGGACGUCCCAGAGGGCAUCAGGUGGAACAGCUCAACAUCCAAGGUCAAGUCCGUGGAGCUUCUGCGCCGCAAGAUCGCCAAACUGAUCGAGUCCUGUGGCAGACCGUCGUCUCUAGCCAGCAGUGGCCCACGUGGCCACCCAGCAGGGCCCGCAUCCAAGGCCCUUUCCAAGGCUGUCCCCAAAGAGAUCCAAGAAAUCAGUGCGGCAGUGGCAGGCCCCAGCUACGCCUCGGCCUCUCCACCAGGCCCCCGCGAGGAGCAUGCUGUGGAAGGACCGCCUCCGCACACACAGGCGUACCCCCAGACAGCCAUGGGCAGCGGUGGGAAAGCCGAAGGCAGAGGGGGCAGGAGGGCUCAUGCAGCCACGCCAGCAUUGGUCUCUAAAGGAGCAGCAUUGAGAGCCCUGAAUUCCUCCAAGGACGUCCCCAUCGUAGAGGCCGCAUGUGACACCCCAGGCACCGUUCCCCACAGCGAGGCCCAACUCAGCCAGCCAGAGACGUCCCGCCCAGCAAGACAGACCGACACAGACUUGCAGUGUCCAGUGAGCGAAGGCAGAUCAGGAGGCCUGGGCCCCACUCCCGACACAGCUCUUCGACCAAAGCCCAGAAAAGAGAGCGCCAUGUGUGGCGUCGCCCCUAGAAGAAACGGGGCCCUGUACCAAGGGCCACAGGGACUGGGGGACUCGGGGAGGCACCGGAAGCUGCUCUCCAGGAGUCUGCCGUUGAGCAAGAGCAAAAGCCGACAAGGAAACGCCGGCAAGAAGAAGGGCCAGGGGCAGGCGGAGCUGGGCCGCUAUCUCAAGGACCCAUCAAUUUUCCAGGUCGCCCGCCAGCUCCGCCUCGUUGCCGCCAAGCCCGACCAGCUGAUCAAGUGUCCCCGCCGGAACCAGCCCGUGAUCGUACUGAACCACCCUGACGUGGAUUCGCCCGAAGUGACCAACGUGAUGAAGGUCAUCAACAAGUACAAAGGCAAUGUCCUCAAGGUGGUCCUCUCCGAGCGGACGCGGUGUCAGCUGGGCAUCCGCCGCCACCACGUGCGGCUCACCUACCAGAACGCGGAGGAGGCCAAUCAGAUCAAGAGGCAGAUGAUGCUGAAGAUGAAGCUGAAGAAGGUCCACAAGAACAACUACCAAGUGGUGGACGCCCUGCCCGACGACUCGACCCAGUGUCUGUUCAAGUGCUGGUUCUGCGGGCGGCUCUACGAGGACCAGGAGGAGUGGAUGAGCCACGGCCAGCGGCAUCUGAUCGAAGCCACCAGGGACUGGGAUGUCCUCUCCUCCAAGGGCAAAUAGGCCGAGGCACCCUCUUCAGAACCAACCAGUGGUCUCUUUCAGCUUCCUCUGGAGCGGGUUUUUUAUUUUUGUCCCCAAAUCCCAGUCCCCUCCCAGACUCGGUAGGAGAAAUGUUGACUGUUGGAAUGGGGGCCCAUUCAUUCUCCAUCCCCAGGGUGAUGUCAGAGCCAGGAGUAGCAGACCUCGCCUGGGUGGUAUCAAAGCCCCUGAAUUGUCUACACAAGCCUGCAGGAUGCAUUUCUCAGCAGUGAGUGGACUCAGCCCCCUUUGCUGGGCACCCCUUGAGCUGAGUCUAUGCAGGCUUUUGGGGACCCCCUUGGAGGGGCAGGCCUCGAGCAUGCCAUACACAGGCUCCUGGCUUCCCAGUGUGCUCCCUAAGCCCAAGUUUCGGGUGCACCUUGCCUUUGUUUCUUGGCUUUAGCUCAUUGGGGGUGGAAUGGAGAUGAUAUGUUCUGUAUCCUGAGUCUGAAAUUUGGCCCUGAAGUCACGGGCCUGCCUUGCAGUCCCACGGCUAGGCUCAUGCUGUCCGCAUGUCUUUCUCUCAUGCAGAACCGGGCUCGCAGUGCCCACUUGUGAAGAAUGACUUCAGGGCAUUUCCUGAAUUCACUACUUCAGUAUCGGGUAUGAGGGAAAGGAAGAAGGCAUUGAAACGCUUUGGUUUUUGUUUUUUCCCCCACCCCAGAUAUCUUGAUUGAUGAUCACCGGUGUGGGGAAACGCCCCUUCUCACAGGAGGAGACCCAUGAUUAAUCCAGUCUUGUGUUUGCCCUCACUCUAUUCAGAGGGGACACGGGCCUCUCUCUCAGCAUCCCUGAGCAGCGGUGGUCCAAGGGAUAGAGGCAGAGCAAGCGGUGCUGCUGGCGUCGACGCAACUGUAGACUGGUACAGCUGCGUGCUCUCCUCAUCACAUGGGGGACCCUGGGCCUGCUUCCCCGAUCCGCUUUUUCAAGCGGACUCCUCUAGACAGCUUCCCUGUCCUUUUGUGCCUUCGAGGCCUCCUUACGGUGUCCCCUCUUCUCGGCUGAGCUUGUGGGAAUGCUCCCCAGCCUUCUGGAUUCUGGGGGGCAGAAUUCAGAAGUGAUGACCCGCUUCUGAAUUCAGUUAGCCAAAGUCUGGUCUUUCCUAGUGCCCUCCCCUCACCCCCACCCCCCACCAGAGAAAGGUUCCCAGCUGUUCCCUCCCCACCCCUCUCUGCCAGUAGAUGUAUGCUGGGUGCUGGUCUCUGUGGCCCCAUGGGUACCAGGGCCAGGGGCUCAUGUACAUCGACGGCGGAUGGAUGGCGUGGUGAGUGCGGCUCGGACGGGCCACGGGCCGCACGCACGACCUGGGAGCAGCCAGCUCUCACUUGCGUCUUGCAGGGCUGCUCCCUCCUUAGUGAAUUCUGGGCACCAGGAGACAAGACUGACUGUGCCGUGAUCAACACUUGGCCAGUCAGACUUAUCUGCUGUUGCGUUGUCGGAGACUUCUAGAUUUUUUCCCUCUAGAUUUUUCACACACGAGAGUUCUUGGAGGAUCUAACGGGAAGUCUUAGUGGGAGUGAUUGUAAUUCUUUCAGUUGGCUCUCCGCAUCGCUUAGUCUGUUUCAGCACACCAUCAGGGUGAUUAACUGGUUAUGAUUUUUAUCAAAAUUUGAAACUUGGCUUUGUAAAAACUGUGUGUCUGUGUGUGUACACGUAUACUUUUUUUUACCACAUGAAAACUAGCUAAUUUUUCUGGUUUCCUAUUUUAUAAAGAAAUUACACGGGCUGAGAAAAAUAACCCACAAUUUUUUAUAUUCUAGAAGUAAUUUAUUUUGAACGUAGAUUUUUUUAUAAUGGUCUGAUCUCAUUCUUAGCAGAUGAAAGCACAGUUCGGCCGAGGGUCUGGCUUAGGGGAAGCACCCAGAGGGUAAGCCCCGCUGAGCAUUUUUGUUAGAGUAUUGGGCCUCCAGGCAUUUCUGCUUGGCACUUGGUGAGACCCAGGUCUGAUGCCACUUCCCGGGUCAAGGAGGGCCCGAAGCUUACCAGGGCAUGUGUCGUGGCCCUCCUGCAUAAAGCAGGCCUCUCUGGAGAGAAGGCUAGGGCAUUCACUUCCACAAUACCUCACUGCUUAGCACCAUCUGUCCUGAGAUUUGAGGCCCCCUGAUGACCUUGACCAUGAAUCAGGUCAGAGUGUUACCUGCCAACAUGGACAGUUGACAUUUGGCAGCAUCAACCAUUACUCAAGUAUUAAAUAUAAACUCAGCCUGUGUACUUACUGCAGCAAACUUUUGUGAGUAGACCAAGUAGCUAACCUUUUGAAGAAUACUCAGAACUUAGACUAUUUUUUAAGCAAAGGACAGCCGGCUUUCAAAGACCCCCGAGAGUAGCUUUUGUUAGCAGGUAGGUCAGUGUUAGGAGUGAAGCCCACCUCUGACGCUUGGAGAGGCGGGAACGGCACAGUGUUGAAUGUGUGUGCUUUGUCUUACCUUGGUUUUGAAGGACUUCAGUAAGUUUUAUUAACGACAGAAACUACUAAUAAAAUUAUUUUAUGCUUAUUUUCUAAAGUAGAUUUUUUUUCCUUUGGGGGUCAGAAAGUCGAUGAUCUUGUUAUAUUUAUGAUAUGACAGAGAGUGGACAUUUUUUUUAAAAGACUCAAAGUAUACACUAAUCGAUUCUAUUUUGCUCAGAUUUCUAUCCCGAGUGCAAAAUAUUUAUGAGGCCCCCCAGGGCCCUAGAGCUGUCAACAGUCCUGAACACAGCGUAUUAACCCUUGAAAGCGUCUCUCUCCAGAACACUCCGGACAAGCCUACCCACCACGAAGAGGCCUGCCCCCGGGCCUCGGAGUUCCUGUGUGAGCCUGUCCAUGCCUGCAGAAGCAGGGGGUGCACUGCAGGACAUGCUGACGCGUCCGCUUCUCCCUGCGCUAGUGGCUGAUGUGUCUGCUGCUCUGGUUGUGAAACACGUUUGUAUGUAGUUAGAGAAGUUGGCAUCAACUUUGUUAAAUAAAGUAACUGAAAAAAUUCUCUCCA